AUGGCUUUUGGAGUUCGGGAUGGCGGAGUUACAGGGGUGAGGGCUGUUCCGUUUGAAGACUUCUCAGAAAAAGAAGCCCGCAUCUAUCCCCACGAGCUGCAGAUUCGGGUCGGAACAGAGGAGGAGUGCCACAGCUCGGCCGGCUUCCUGAAAAACUUCUCCAUCACCGUGGAGCCAAUGAGCAGCUCCAUCUCACGGAGUUCCUGGCGCCCCGGGGAUGCUUUGGAGCCCGGCUUCCGGGGUGACCAGUCCGCUCCUGAUCACGAGAAAGAUGAGAUGGAGGGCCCCGAAGAGCAGCUGAGGCUGACCCAUGCCUCCUGCGGCAAGGGCCUGGACUUUUGGGCCUGUCUGGCACGCUGCUGCUCUGCGCAUUCGGGCCACCACCACCCAGGUCUUCCAAGACCCACGCUUGCGAGCAUCGGCGUGUCCUCGAUCGAAGCAUUCGAGCCAGGAUUCUGCCAGGUGUCCUUCUGGGCACUGAAGGAAGAGGACUUCAAUUCUCAGUCUUUGCAGCAUGUCGGCGACGGCUGGUAUCACAAAGUGAGAUCUGGCCUCAACCCGAAGUAG